UAUUUUUAUCUCAGAUGAUUAAUCUCAGGAUAACUUGUUUCCAACUAAACAACCCCGUACAAAUAUACUUCUAAACAUGCCCAAGUAUCUACCCUAGGACCAAUAAGCCCAACAAAAAACAUCCUACAUCUCAUAUCAGAACUUCUUUUAACCCUCAAAUUUCCAGCCACCACUCCGCCGCUCGCUCAGUCUCUCUCAUCUCCCUUCCCUUUCCAUUUGCAAGAGAAAAUUUUCCUCCGUUUCGACUUUCAGCCAUGAGUAAGCUUCAGAGUGAAGCCCUAAGAGAAGCCAUCUCCGUGAUUAAGAAUGAUGCAAAUGAGAAGAAAAGGAAGUUCACUGAAACCAUUGAGCUUCAGAUUGGGCUGAAAAACUAUGAUCCUCAAAAGGACAAGCGUUUCAGUGGUUCAGUUAAGUUGCCACACAUUCCUCGCCCUAAGAUGAAGAUUUGCAUGCUUGGAGAUGCUCAGCAUGUGGGAGAGGCAGAAAAGAUUGGCUUGGAGUACAUGGACGUGGAAGGCCUGAAGAAGCUUAACAAGAACAAGAAGUUGGUUAAGAAGCUUGCAAAGAAAUACCAUGCUUUCCUUGCAUCAGAAGCUGUAAUCAAGCAGAUCCCCCGUCUCUUGGGGCCUGGUUUGAACAAGGCAGGUAAGUUUCCUACCCUUGUUUCCCACCAGGAAUCACUUGAGUCUAAAGUUAACGAGACCAAGGCCACUAUUAAAUUCCAGUUGAAGAAGGUGCUUUGCAUGGGAGUUGCCGUAGGUAAUAUGGAUAUGGAGGAGAAACAAAUCUUCCAGAACGUGCAGAUGAGUGUCAACUUUCUAGUGUCCCUGCUAAAGAAGAAUUGGCAAAAUGUCAGAUGCUUGUACUUGAAGAGUACCAUGGGAAAGACUCAACGCAUAUUCUAAGGAUAUUGUAGUACAAUCUUGGCAGUUUCAGGCUUUUUGCCUUGUAUCCGCUUACAGAUGCUAUUUUUGUUUAGUUGUGCUCCUGGGUACUUUGUUGAACUCUAUAUUAGUUUUAUGACGAUUUUGCUUUUGUUUUCUCCUUUCCAAUGUUGCCGCCAUGGGAGAACUGGUAUUAUAGUUUUAUAUGUACUUGUUUUUAGUUUUA